GAGAGGCCAGCUUGUUUUUCGCACUGCUUCCUGUCAGCCAUGGAUGCCCCUGGACGACGAGCGCUCUGGAUCCUGUACGUGUGCUUCAUGGCCCUGCGGACAAAUGCUCUGAGGGUGUCCAUGAGGGAGUCCACAGUGGAAGUGGUCCGAGGAGAUUCCGUCAUCCUGCCCUGCUCCUUCUUCACAUCCAGUCCUCUCUCCCGUCUCAACAUAAUCUGGACCCUGGCUCCCUUCUCCAGUCCAGAAUCCCCCAUUCAGGUGAUCGUGUAUGAUCAUGGCCAGAUUAUAGAAGACCCCUCUCUCAUUGGAAGGGUGGGCUUUACAGGCAUCCCAUGGAGUGCAGACAUCAUGAUGAACGACACUCACAUCUCUGACGCUGGCAUUUAUCGCUGCAUGGUCAACAACCCUCCAGAGACAGCAGAUGCCAGCAUCGGAGAACUGCUGCUCAGUGUUUUGGUAGCACCUUCGCUGCCCGCAUGCCAGUGGGAUGGCGACAUGGAAACAGGGGGCAGUGUCACGUUGUCCUGCUCGGUUGCCGAGGGCGUUCCCACUCCAGAGAUCCGCUGGGAUAAACUCAACCCAGAGGAAAUUUCCCUACCCAUCAACAUGGAGGGGGAGCUGUCGGGUUCGGUCCAGAUCGUCAACGUGUCGUUGCAGACGUCAGGCCUUUAUCGUUGCUCCGCCUCCAACAUCCUGGGAACGGAGAACUGUUACGUCAACCUGUCCGUCUACAACGCAGUGGCACAGAGUCACUCGGGGAUCCUGCAGGGGGUGUUGCUGACUUUGUCCAUGAGCCUCAUGCUGCUGGCCCUGCUGGUGCUCUUGGCGUGGCUUCAUCGUACCGGCCAGGACGGUCGACGAAGGGUCUCCAAGGAGGAAGAGGAGGAGGAGGAGGAAGGCUACAAUGAGAUCCGCUACACUCCGUCCCUGAUGAAGCGCUCCUUUGUAUAAGACGUGAUCAUGGAAUAAAGGGACAACACAGGCCACUCAAAAUUGCAGGUAUACUUUUUCAGCGGGAUAUUACAGUACAUAUUUGGCAUAGUUGAGAUUUUAGCCAGGUGAUUUCAACGUGUCAGCUGGGAUUUUAAAGGGGGGGAAUAUGGGCACCAACACUUAAGCUAUUCCAGAUUUUAGAGGGAUAAGAGUGGGAGAUUGUGUGCCAGCUAUAUUUUAAGAUGAAAACAGGGCAGGCGAUGAAUGACCUCGUGACCCGCAGCAUUCCAGCUAUAGUCCAAAGUUAUGGAAGUUGGUUGACUCAGGGGAAGAAAAAAAAA